AUGGGUCGUCUUAAAAGAAAUACGAUAGUACGUCAUAUUAAUGCUGAAAAAGCAAGAAAACUUAGAAAACUUGAAAACGCAAAAAAUAAUCUUGUGUUAAAUAGUGAAGAUGAUGCAUCAAAUAGUGAUAAUAAUGCAUCAAAUAGUGAUAAUAAUGCAUCAAAUAGUAAUGAAGAUGCAUUAAAUAGUGAUAAUGACAUACCCAUAAUCGAUAAUGCAUAUGAUUUGGAAGAGGAGAAAGCCGUGGAGACUGUUUUUGAAAAACUUGCUCAAAGUUCACGUUGGAGAUAUACUGGUAAUUCUAAUCGUACAAGACAACGAAAGUUAAGAGAAAAUAAAAUAGCUGCCAAAGAUUGUCAUCAAAUAACGCAAUUUUUUCAUAACAUAAAUAAUAUAAAUCGAAAUAAUGAAGAAAUAAACGAUCAACAAUCAGACUAUGAAAGUGAAAAUGAUCUCUUAGAAGGAUCAUUAUAA